AGCCGACUACUUUCCUUCCCCGACCCGAGUAAAUCGGAAUCCGCCUCCGCCGCCGAGCGUCUGGAGUACAUCUGGAUCUUGAGCUUCUCCACCCGCUGGAGCCUGGAGGCAGAGCUCGCCACCCGCUGGGUCAACCUCGGAGGUCUGCGCACAGCCUUGGACAUCUACGAGCGUCUACAGAUGUGGGCUGAGGCCGCUCUCUGCUACGCCGCCACCGAACGAGAGGACAAGGCCAAGUACCUCGUCCGCAGACAGCUCUACCAACCCACCGGCACGGACCCCGACGAUGAGAACGAGAAGUUCGAUGGGCCCGAACUCUCCCCUCUCCCCGCCGAUGCGCCCCGCCUUCUCUGCAUCCUGGGUGACAUCGACACCGACCCAGCCAUGUACGAGCGCGCCUGGGCAGUCUCCAACAACAGAUACGCUCGCGCCCAGCGCUCCCUGGCCCGUCACUACCUCAGCCUGAAGCCCCCAGCUCUCGACAAAGCCGAAGACGCCUACCUCAAGAGUCUCCACAUCAACCGUCUUAACCACGGCGCCUGGUUCGCCCUGGGCUGCGUGCAACUGGAGCUCCAGAAAUGGGACGACGCCAUCGACUCUUUCACCCGCACCGUCCAGCUUGAAGACACCGACGCCGAAGCCUGGAACCCCUACAAGCGCAAACGCGAAGCCCUAGCGGCCCUCCAACGCGCUGCCCAACUCAAGCACAGCGACGUCCGCAUAUGGGACAACGUCCUCACCGUGGCGGCCUCCAUCCCCCCGCCCUUCACUCCCUUCCGCGAAGUCAUCACCGCCCAACGCCGUGUCAUCGAACUCCACGGCUCCAAGAACGGCGAGAAGUGCAUCGACCUGCCCAUCACAGGACUGCUCGUGGACCACCUCGUCACUGCAUACAACUAUUCCGACCUCCUCAUCUCCAUCGAUGGCGACGAUUCCAACGCCAAGGUCGUCCGCAGCGGCACCAUCGCCGGCCAGAUCCUCUCGCUCAUCGACACCAGCAUCGUUCCGCUGAUCACGCACUCCGCGCCGCUGUGGCUCCUCGUCGCUAGGGUGGAGGUGUUCCGUGAACGCCCGAGCAUGGCUUUCGAGGCGCAUGAGAAGGCGUGGCGCGCGACGGUUGCCUCGGCCUCGCAGGGCGCGUUCCAGAUGGCUGAUGAGAAGAGGUGGAUGGAGAUUGUGAAGGCUACGGAGAGGUUGGUGAGAGAUGGGUAUGCGCGGUUUGGUCCGAUGGAUAAGGAGGGUACGGAGGAGAUGGUCGCGAAGGAUUGGAGGUUCAAGGCUAGGAGUGCGGUUAGGGGCAUUUUGGGUAAGGGCAAGGAGUUUUGGGAGGAUAGUGAGGGGUGGGAGAGGUUGAAGGAGUUGCAGAGUGAGGUGGGGAGCAAUUAG